UGAACCUUUCUAUACAUUGCUAUAGCUUACAUAAUGUAUGGUUAUAAUCAGUGAAAAAAGAGACGAAUUAGUUUUGUCUCGAUUAAAAUAUCUGUGAAAAUGAUUGCCAGCAGAAUAAUUGUUCGGUCUUUCUCAUCAUCUACUACUGUACAACAAUUGGUGAAGCCACCAAUUCAAGUGUUCGGCUUAGAAGGAAGAUAUGCUACCGCACUUUAUUCUGCUGGAAGCAAACAGAAGUCGCUUGGCAAGAUCGAACAAGAUUUAGACAAAUUCCAGGGCUUAAUGAAGACAGAUGCGACAUUAGCAGAAUUCGUACGAGAUCCUUCAAUUAAGCGCAAAACUAAAGCAGAAGCGCUUAAGCUUAUUGGAGAUAAGAUAUCUCUUAACCCAGCUACUUCUAAUUUGUUAAUUUUAUUAGCUGAGAAUGGUAGACUUAAAAAUUUUAGUCAGGUAUUUAACGCAUAUAAAAUUAUUAUGGCUGCAGAUAAAGGAGAAGUAGUUUGCGAAGUGAUCACUGCUAAAGCAUUGGAUGCCGAUAUUAAAAAUAAAUUAGAAUCGACUUUAAAAAAUUUCCUCAAAAAAGGUGAGACUAUCAAGCUUACUUCCAAAGUUGAUCCAUCAGUAAUUGGUGGUAUGAUCGUGUCUAUCGGUGAUAAAUAUGUUGACAUGAGCGUUGCUAGUAAAAUUAAGAAAUAUUCUGACAUUAUUCAGUCUGCAGUUUAAAAGUUUUAUUGCUUACUACCCGUAAUAAAGUCAAAACCGUAAAUGAAACUUAGGAAAUUACCAAUGUAAUGUAAAUAAUUGGAAAAUAAAUACAUAUAAAUAAAAAUUAAAA